AUGUCGCGAAACCCAACCGACUUCAAGUUUACCGAACCAAUGCAGAUAACUAUCGGCAACGGUGUACAGGUAAAAACAAACGAUCUGAUAAAAAACACGGACGGCAAAGCUUACACAGAAGUAAUAAAUUCUUUGGACACUGAAGUAGAAAUUCUCGUACCCACUUAUAAUAUACGACCUGCGAAUCCCAAGGACAACGAAAAUGGUAACGUUUUGAAGAAUAAUAACGAUAAAGAAAUUAAUUCUGACUGCAAAGAAAAAGGAACUCAGGGGUCGAUUUCCAGUUACCCCAGUUAUUUAUUCUAUAAAGAAAACGCGAAUAAAAAACAAGGAGAAAAUUUGAAAACCCCUAUUGAAUCAAUAAAACAGAAAUUGACAGAAAAAAGUAGAAACAUCGAAAGGUCCCCUGAAUUCUUAAAGGAAGUUAAUAAAUUAGACCAUCUAGAACAGAACUUUACAUAUGCUAUAGAAAAGAUUACAGAAAAGGAAAACAAGAAUCGAAAAGCAAUAUGUAAGUCCUCGUACGAGAAUAAUGAGACACAUCAAAUAAAAAGGGACAAGGAGAAUGAAAUUCGCGAUGUCAAAGAUAAUAUAAAUCUUGCCGAAAGGAUAAAUGAUGCACCAGUUGUUGAUCUCCAAAUUUCACCUAACUGUAAUAAUUUUUUACAGCCCAACAGUCCGGAGAAUAUAAAAAAUACUAAACCUAAUCAGUAUGUCAAGUUGCAUAUCGCUCCGUUUUCAGAUUCAUCAUUCACCAGUUUCCCUAGACAAAACUGUGACAUAACCUUUGACUUAAACAGGGAAACGAGACUACAUCACCCCGGGAAAACUCUUAUUAUCGAACUUGAUAAAAACACCAAGAAUCCAGCUUUAAACGCUAACGUUCCCAAGAUAAAUCCAAUCGACCUUUUUAACGAUAACCGAUUAGGCGAACUAUUGACUCUGAUUAAAUUGGACUACUUAAAUCCAGAAGAAACUGAUAAUGUAACAAUAUUGAUUAAAAAUCAUCAAGACUGCUUCCAAUUGCCAGGAGAACAACUUACCUAUACGCACGUACUGCAACAUCAAAUACCGACUACAGACGAUUAUCCGAUUAACACAAAGCAGUAUAGAUUUCCUCAAAUUCAUAAGGUUGAAAUAAAUAAACAGGUUCAGGAAUUACUAAAUAGUGGUAUUAUACGACAUUUACAAUCGCCCUAUAAUACUCCUAUUUGGAUUGUGCCUAAAAAAGAGGAUUCCCAAGGCAACAAACGAUGGCGUAUGGUUUUGGAUUUUCGAGCAUUGAAUAAUAAGACUAUCGGAGAUGCUUAUCCGUUACCCAAUAUAAUUGACAUCCUCGAUCAACUCGGUGGAGCGCGAUACUUUUCUGUUUUUGAUUUGGCAUCCGGGUUUCAUCAAAUCAAGAUGGAUCCGCACGAUCGGCAUAAAACCGCUUUUACCACUCCUUUCGGACAUUACGAGUUUAACCGCAUGCCUUUCGGAUUAAAAAAUGCUCCCGCGACCUUUCAAAGGUUAAUGGAUAUAGUUUUAUCAGGGAUACAAGGACAGGAAGCUUUUGUUUACUUAGACGAUAUCGUCGUAUAUGCAUCCUUCUUGGAAGAUGCAGUAAGGGCGUUAAGCCUGACCCGAGAAAACUCGAAGCGGUACGCGAAUUUCCAACACCAAAAACGUCGAAAAACGUCAAGCAAUUUCUGGGACUAGCUGGAUACUAUAGAAGAUUUAUUCCGGAAUUUUCAAAAUUAG